AUGCUUUCUACACGCCCUGGAGGGAAAAAGCCAGUUCCAGGCGCCUCAAGAGACAGCGGUGUCAUGCCCGGCAAUCCAAUACCGCAGAAAAAGCCUCGACGUUACCGCCCCGGAACCCUGGCCCUGCGUGAGAUUAGGCGCUACCAGCAAAACACCGGCUUGUGUAUGCGCAAACUGCCUUUCGCCCGCCUUAUGCAAGCCAAUAACGAAGGCAAGGGGGAACGUACCAGCAUUCUUUGCAGCAGCCAUCUUGCAUGUCGAUGCGAUUGGGCUCGGCUGCAAAUGGAUUUGAUCGACAGCAAGGCGAAAAUCGUGCGAUCCAUACCGGUAUCUCUCGUUCUCAAGCAGCUGUCAAAACUGAGAUGA